GGAGCGUUCUCCCGGCACUCCCUCCCGGCCAUGGAGCCCUGGGCGCUGCUGGACCCGCGGCAGAGGGAGCUGUACCGGGACGUGAUGCACGAGAGCUACGAGACCCUCCUGUCCCUGGCAGCUCAGGGCCUGGUGAGCCAGAAGGCGGCGGAGGACGGAGCGGCCGAGCCCGGCGAGGGGCCGGGGGUGGGCUCGUCCCACGGCGCGGAGCGGGAGAAGCCGCUCGGCUCCCGCCGGCGCAAAGCCAAGCGCCCGGACAGGGCCGUGCCCGCCGGAGCCCCCCGAGCCCCCGCGGCGGCGGCGGCGGCGGCGCCCGGGCCGGGCCGCGCCGAACCCCCACCCGGGGGGCCGUGCCGGGAGCGGCCCUUCGGCUGCGCCGACUGCGGGAAGAGCUUCCCGUGGGCCUCGCACCUGGAGCGGCACCGGCGCGUCCACACCGGCGAGCGGCCCUUCGGCUGCCCCGAGUGCGGCGAGACCUACAGCCAGAGCUCGCACCUGCGGCAGCACCGGCGCGGCCACGCCGGCGACCGCCCGCGCCGGCGCGGCAAACACUCAGCCGAGCCGGCGUCCCACGGCCUCGCCGCCCGGCGGCCCCACCGCUGCGGGGACUGCGGCAAGGCCUUCGCCUGGGCCUCGCACCUGGAGCGGCACCGGCGCGUGCACACCGGCGAGCGGCCCUUCGGCUGCCCCGAGUGCGGCGAGGCCUUCAGCCAGGCCUCCCACCUGGCCAAGCACCGGCGCGGCCACGCGGGCGAGCGGCCGCACCGCUGCCCGGCCUGCGGCAAGACCUUCCGGCAGAGCGCGGAGCUGGCGCGGCACCGGCGCGCCCACCCGGGCCGGCGGGCCCCGCGCUGCGGGCACUGCGCCCGCCUGUUCCGCGCCGGGCCGGCGCUGGCGCGGCACCAGCGCUGCCACCGGCCCGAGCGCCGCCACCCCUGCGCCGACUGCGGCAAGGCCUUCGUGUGGGCCUCGCACCUGGAGCGGCACCGGCGCGUCCACACCGGCGAGCGGCCCUUCCCCUGCGGCAGCUGCGGCGAGCGCUUCGCCCAGAAGGCCCACCUGCUGCAGCACCGCAGGAAGACCCACUCCCCCGACCGGCCCUACAAGUGCGGCGACUGCGGCAAGCGCUUCGGCGACGCCGCCCCCUUCCUGGCGCACCGGCGCGGCCACGCCGCCCGCAAGAGCUUCGCCUGCGGCCACUGCGGCAAGGCCUUCGCCUGGGCCUCGCACCUGGAGCGCCACCGGCGCGUCCACACCGGCGAGCGCCCCUUCGGCUGCCCCGAGUGCGGCGAGGCCUUCAGCCAGGCCUCCCACCUGGCCAAGCACCGGCGCAGCCACCUCCCCAAGGCCGCGGGCACGGGGGGGACCCGGCACUGCCCCUCGCCGGGAGCCGGCGCCGGGGGGAACGGCCCCACAGCAGUCACCACAGCGGGAGCCCCCGGCAGCGAGGAGCCCCGAGGGGCUGAGACCCCCUGA